AUGGCUGAGGAGCAUGCAGUUGCUGAGCCUGUUGUUGAGGACAUUGGAGAGUCCAAGUCCGAGUCCCCUGUUGAGGAGGCUCCCGGAAACAAUGCCGCAUCUGAGUUCAUUGCCGAGCUUACCGGCAAAGAGGUCAUUGUGAAGCUGACGUCGUCUAUUGAAUACCACGGCCUACUCCAGGCUGUUGACGGUUUUAUGAACAUUACUUUGCAGAACACAAGAGAAGUGUAUGACGGCAAGCUGGUUUCUGAGUUUGGCGAUGUAUUUCUUCGUGGAUCCAUGGUGGCCUAUAUUGCGGCCGCUUGA